AUGACUUUCCAAUCCCCUAGAAGAGAGCGUGCCUCGAGUGACCGAGCGCAGGAGGGUCCUGUCGUCGCUCCGCAACGACCGGGCCUACAAAACCGAACCUUCUCCGCACCCGUCGGAGGUCUUUACAAACUGGAUUCUUCGAGAACAGCUAUGGAGGGAGGGAAUAAAAUCGGACGUACGGUUAUUGAGGAGGAUGAGAGCCCGAAUGGGCGUACUCCUGUGUCACCACAAGCUUGGAAUACUGGCGAGACAUUCCCCAAGCCUGAUUUCCCACAUGUUACGAUUGCCGUUGUUGGUGGAGAUCAUGUAGGCAAGACGACGUUUAUCAGAAGUGCCUUGGAUAUGAAACACACCCUAUCGUCACGAUCAACAACCAAGAAAAUGUCUUUGGAUGGUUCCGUCUACCUCGUGCGCCUGUUGGAGAUUGCCUCCAAGCAAAUUUUCAUUGGAAGUAAUGGAGCACCUGUCUGGCCUCGAUUUGGCACCGACCCGACAAUUGAUGGAGUUCUUGUUCUGCACGAUGCGACCCGGCCUGCGACCUUUUCCGAAACCACCAGUCUACUAGAAAACUUAGCCACUUCGUCACUGCCAUGUGUCUUGGUCGCCAGUAAAUGCGACCUUCAGAACCAAGAUGGACCACUUGAUCCUGACCUUGGAAACUAUGAAAUGCACCGGACGUCGCCCGAAUCGCCACGAUCGCAGAAAAUGUGCAUCGCCUUAGUUCUGCGGUCCGUCAUCGCUAAUAAGUAUGCGCCUGCGCACGACCAUUGGCAUCACCACGUCCGUGCCAACUCGGAAAACCCCACAGCCGUAUUCAACGGAGCCGCUGGCGGCCCAGCAACCACAUCCCUUGAUCAGAAAGUCGAUGGGAGCGGUGAAAGCCGGUAUCCCACCGACCAGAACGACAAUCUGGAUUCAAGUUCUCAGAGUUCGAGAUAUGCCCGGAGUAACUCGCACCCGGUGCGACCGCAAACCCCCUCUGGCCGGCUAAACCAUCAUAAAACUUCAGGCUCGGGCGACAACUCCCCUAUAAGAGAUCUCAACCGCCAACAGCGGCUUCAUAAUGCCUGGCGCAAUAGCUCCGGGUCGGACGUUUUCAACAGCUUUUUGGAUAUGGAGGAUGAAAAUGAUGGGUCGCCGCGCAGCGUCCCCUCGAGUCCGGAUGGGAGGAAGGACCGGCCGAUGGAAAGUGUCUCCAACGAAACCGGCUUCACGUUUGAUGAGCUUGUAGACCGUCUGGUUGCGCAGCCGAUGUCCAAGCAAGACACCAAAUUCGAGUCGAUAUUUUUAUGCCUGUAUCGCAAAUUCGCCGCUCCCGCCAGUCUCCUUAACGCACUGAUUAAUCGAUUCGAACGGAAUGAGAGGAACAUUUCCGACCAGCUGACUCGCAUCGCCGAUCAACUAAGACUGCUCAACGUCAUUUCCCAGUGGGUUUCGGAGUAUCCAGGUGAUGUGGCAUAUCCCAAGACCCGCCAACGGAUUACGGAUUUUGCAUCAAAGCUGGAAAAGAGCCCUUUUUACAUGUUUGCUGCCAAGGAGAUUAGCUCUUAUCUCGAAAUCAAUGCCGAAGAUGAUGACAUCGGCUGGCCUUAUGGUGAUGGUGAUGUGGAGGAAUUCAGCAACAACGAGACAUUCCUCGUCAACCCCGACCCGAGCUCUCCAUCGAUGUUUUUGGGUGAACCGUCGCCGGGCGAAGACGAAGACGAAGAGGAGGAGGAUCCUAUAUACAACAUGAGUGCUUUGGAUUUAAGCGAGGGGCCACCGGAAACCGCAUCCAGGCUUUCUGGGACGCUGUCAAUCUCGUCUACGAUGGAAAAACCGGGCACGAUAAUGGGACAAUCAUUUACCAUUUUAAACAUCGACACUGCGCAGAGAGAGGCGCAAAAUCUCGAACUCACUCCCCGAGUUCCACUUUCUAAACUACAAUGGCGACAAUUUAUGGAGAUUCCCGACGAGGACUUCGCUCGGGAACUCACACGGAUCGACUGGAUUAUGUAUAAUUCAUUCCGACCUCGGGAUCUGGUGCGACAUGUCAGCAUAUCCGGACCCGAUAAAGAUAAGAUUCAGAGCUUGAAGCAUGUCAAUCGAAUGAUCAAGCAAUUCAACCACCUGGCCUUCUUUGUGGCCAGUAUGACUCUAUUUCGAGAUAAGCCCAAGCAUCGGGCUAGGGCGAUGGAGAAGUUUAUGAACAUAGCGCAGAAACUACGCCGGCUGAACAACUACAACUCUCUGGGUGCAGUUAUUGCUGGAAUUAACGGAACACCAGUCCACCGCUUAUCGCAGACCCGGGAGCAGGUCCCCGUCCAAGUACAGAAAGACUUUAUGAGGCUGGUCAUCCUCAUGGGAACACAAAAGAGCCACUUUGCAUACCGACUCGCCUGGGAUAAUUCAUUUCAGGAGCGGAUUCCUUUUCUCCCACUACACCGUCGCGACUUGGUCUCUGCCGAAGAAGGCAACAAGACCUUUGUUGGCGACAGCAAAACACGGAUUAACUGGAAGAAAUUUGAGGUGAUGGGGGAGGUUGUGCUUGGAAUUCAACGCAGCCAGAAGAUGCCUUAUUCUCAUAUGCCUCGAUAUGACGAGGCCAUGCGAUUCGUCCUCGACAUGAAGCUCUCUGGUGAUGAAGAGGACCUCUACGCACGCAGCAUGCAGGUUGAACCUUCUGCCGGCGGCGAUACCGGACGUAAAAAGUUCGGCUGGCUACGGUAUUAA